GCUGCGCUAUGGCGGCGAUCCCCCCAGACUCCUGGCAGCCGCCUAACGUAUACUUGGAGACCAGCAUGGGAAUCAUCGUGCUGGAGUUAUACUGGAAGCAUGCUCCGAAGACCUGUAAGAAUUUUGCUGAGUUGGCACGUCGAGGUUACUACAAUGGCACCAAAUUCCACAGGAUCAUCAAAGACUUCAUGAUCCAGGGAGGUGACCCAACAGGGACAGGUCGAGGUGGCGCAUCUAUCUAUGGCAAGCAGUCUGAGGAUGAGCUCCAUCCAGACUUGAAAUUCACGGGGGCUGGAAUUCUUGCCAUGGCCAAUGCAGGGCCAGACACCAACAGCAGCCAGUUUUUCGUGACCCUAGCCCCCACCCAGUGGCUCAAUGGCAAGCACACCAUUUUUGGCCACAUGUGCCAGGGUAUAGGAAUGGUGACUCGAGUAGGAAUGGUGGAAACAAACUCCCAGGACCGCCCUGUGGAUGAUGUGAAGAUCAUUAAGGCAUACCCUUCCAGGUAG